ACCUUUGAUCACUCUGAAAGAGAUGUUGCAAAACAUUUCUAAACCUUGGACUCAUAAUGAGGCACAGAUUUGCUGCCUCCCAUCAUACUUCAAACACUUACCCUCUCAUGACAGAUCAGGCCAACCCUCUUGGUCCGUCACUCCUAUCAGAUCGUUGUACUUUGAACCUGGUUCCUUCAAGCAGGAAGUCAAGGAAAUUUUCUCAGCAGGGUGUAACGCAGAAUAAGUGGUUUUUGCUAAGAGAGGUGUUGCCAGAAAAUCUUUUUGAAAGAAGGAAAGAUGACACAGAAACAGAGCUGACGCUGACAGAUUGGAGCAGCUUCCAGGGGAUCACUAUCUGAAGUUUUAACUCCUCUGAAAAAGACAGACCUCACCGUUUGAAGAUGUAUGGAAACCCCGGCCCCUUCUCCUACUCCCCAGGGGGUUUCACACCAGAGGACUUCCCUCAGCAGAGGCGAACUUUCCAACAAGACGACAUCAGGGGCUCUCCACUGCAGAGAAACAACAUGUCCAGACCCAGUGGAAGAGCCAUAUACAUGCAGAGAAAAGAGUACUCUGAGACGCUGAACAGACAAGCUGACAACUUUCACGUCAGAGUGGAGCAUCUGUUCACCUGUGAGCUGAACGGCCAGGACAUGAAAACAGUGGACGACUGUGUGGCCAAGCUCAAGAGGCUGGAUACCAAAGGUCGCCUGUGGCCUCAGGACAUGAUCAUAGAGGUUCAGGGAGGAUAUCUGCUGCUCAAUGACAUUGAGACCAAGACAGAGCUGGAGUCGCUGCCUUUGAGUGCCAUCACGCAAACCAGUGCUGUAUUGGACAGCUGUGCCUACAACUCUCUGCUGACAAUAACUGUGCAGGAACGCAGCAAGCGAGUCCCUCAGGUCUACAUGUUUCAGUGCGAGGAUACCGGGGCGGAGCUCAUCAAGAGUGAUCUGGAUAAAGUAGUCCAAACAGCAGGUGGUGAUGUGGAACCUAACAGAAACCAGUUUGACAUCAGGAGUGAUCUUGAAAAUAUCAUCGGGCAACAUGCUUCAAGUUUCCGGCAACCUGGGCCUCGUGCUGUGCUGAGGGAGAUGACCCCACCACCACCCGAGUACCCGCCCCCACAGUGGGGCAACAGAGAACCAGAGAUUAUGCCUUCAAUGCAGGGCUACACCCCACAAGAAGAAAUGAUGUACCAACCACCUGAACUACAGAAUGAAUUACAGAAUGUCCCAGAGAUCAAUCUUGAGCAAGCAAACGCAGAGAGGAACACGGACAUUUUAAACCAUGUUAUAGGUGAUCUGGAGAUUUUCAUGGAAAAACUGUCUGCUGCAGUAAAUGCACCUUCACUGCAAGAAGACAUGGGCAAGAAGAAAAAUGCGUUUAAGAAGAAAAAAACAAAGAAAAAUGCACCAGUUAUCAAUCUGCCACCAUGGGAGGAAUAUGUCUCCUGUCUUCAAAAAAUCAAAUAUGGAUUCAAUCUCCUGGGCCAGUUGGAUGGGACACUGACCAACCCCAGUGCUCCUGACUUUGUCCACAUCUUCUUCAGUAAUUUAGAAUUGAUGGUGCCUCAGUAUCCUACAGACCUGCCUCCUACUGUUGUCUCUCCCCUGCUGACAGAUGUGGCCGUGCAGCUGCUCAGUCAGGUCGUCAGCCCACAGGAGGAAAACCUGUGGAGGUUUCUGGGAGACGCCUGGAACGUCCCCAGGUCUAGAUGGCCACAAAAUGAAAUCCUACCUUACAUCCCUGAGUUCUACGAUGGCUGGCAGCCGCCUGCCCCACCAUGCAUACCCUCCCCAGUCCCUUUUCAGAAUGGUCCAAUGAGCAGGAGCAACAGCCAGCGCUUCCCAAAUGGCCGACCCAAUGGCCACAUAGAUGAAAGCCAGAGCUACUCACCUAGAGCAAGGCUAUGGCAGCCUGAAGAGCCCUCUGGUUCACUACCACCACCAACACGCCCCAGCGAGCCACCCCUGUACAUGCGGGUCAUUUACAACUUCAUGGCCAGAAACAACCAAGAGCUGAGUAUUAUGAAGGGUGAAGUGGUUCAGGUGAUUCAGAAAUCCAAGCAGUGGUGGCUUGUUCGUAACACCCGUGAUGAGGAGGGAAGCGUUCCUCAGAAUGUUCUGGAGCCAAUAAAAAGCGACGGGCACAUGGAAGAUCUACCGCGGGACACUCGAGGCCCGGUGACUCUGGACAUGUCCUCCUCACCUGCAGAGGUGAGAGCAUGGCUGCAGCACAAAGGUUUCUCCAAAAUCACGGUGACCAGCCUUGGGGUGCUGAGCGGUAGUCUGCUUCUGGGGAUGACCAAGGAUGAGAUAAGGACUGUGUGUCCAGAGGAAGGAAGCAAAGUCUUCUUCCAGCUUCAGGGCGUUAAGGCAGCCAUUGCGCUCGCCAAUGAACCGUCAGGCAUGUACAACAGCCGCUACUAGCAACCUACUUCACCGCUUCUUCUCUCCUGAAUUUUAAUCCACAGAUCAACAUCUGGAAUUAAUGUGGUCAAGAUUCAUCCUUUUAUUUCUUGAUAAUUUUGCAUGGAUGGCUACUUUAAGCAUGAAUGAAACAGUAUCAAAUACUAAUUUCAGUCAUGAAACUUUAAACCAUGUAUCGUGGCAUUUAUGAGCAACAAUUAAUUAACUGUAAUCUGUUUUACUUCUUGUCAUUUCUAGUAAAGUGUGUAUAGUUUUCCUGAUGAUAAAAUAAAAUGUAUGUAGACAUAUAAGAUGAUUACACUAUUAUUGCUAUUACUCUCUUAAUAACAUCUAAAAUACAUCAUUGACUCUUCUGCUGCAUUAACUUAUACCCAUAUUUUAUUUUAAUUAAUGUUUCUUAAGAUGUAAUUUAUUGUACAGGAAGUGAUGAUGAAAUUCAAACUUAACAAAAGAGACAAUGCAAGAUUUAUUUUAAUUUGUCAAAAAACAUGUUUCAAAUGUAACAAAGAAAUUGAGUGCUUCAAGUCAAAUUAAAGUUUCUACUUAUCUUCA